CCGGCGCAUCGAGCAUCUCUCGUGCGGGCCCGCUGGGUCUGCGGAGAUACCAGUUUGGGCAUUCAAGCCUAAUUUCUGACGUAUUUAGGUCUCCAGGCCAAAGGACAUGACACACAACUCCACUCUUCGCCCUCGAGCUCUUACAGGCCCGAUGUCUCGCCCCCCACCGACCCGCACGCACUCUAAGCGUAUGCGCGAACAGUCCCCAACAGACGAAAAGGCGGACGUCGUCACAUCAGCCUCAGCUUCCGGGAAUGACAAUGCCCUCGCCUUCACGUCCAGCAAUAAGCGGUUGCACCGUGUCGCUGCGGUCAAGGCGGAGGCGAAGGUAGAGGUUAAGGAAGAGGUUAAGGAAGAGGAUAUUCACUCGUUCCUUCCUCCUCUCUCUGUUCCCAGCCUUUCAGUCAAGGCCGACUCUGUUGCCGAUCAUGGGGCGCUUGAGGCCCCCGUCCGACAGAGUCGCAAGAAAGCUAACAAGCCUGACCUAGCGACGGGGCCUUCGAGCCCUAUGGGCCGCGCGAUGGUAGUCAAUGAACCUAGUCGAAGGUCUAGCCCAUCCAACGACUCACCUCAGACUGCACCCCAGGCUUUGCCCAAGCGGACUCGAGACGAGGCAGCAAGCAAAGUGCAAAGCAAGGAGGAGCGCGAGGAGCGUUGGAAGAAGUGGUGCGUCGACCGUAAAUGGUCACGCCUACACGAUCCUCGCUACAAGCAGAAGGUUGGCGAUCGCGGGGUGUAUAGAUCUGAUGCGACGGCAUACUAUCGUCUCAAUUCCUACGAGAUUGAUACCCUUCCCCACGCUACCUUCGACAAUCCCCACAACCCCAAGUCAUUCGGGCGUUUGUACAACAUAUCUGAUCUGCGCACGCUCGUAUCGCGGAAGUUCGCAUAUCUUGCUGGAUUGGACGCGCGGUUUGAUCGCGAGGAGCAGGAGGUCGGGUUUAUAAAGGAAGGGUGGAAACUGUUUGAGGAAUACGAGAAAAUAUUGGAAGAGGCCAUGCAGAAGAAGGGAAAGCGACGUAAGCCGCUUCACUGCAGAACAAUUAUCGAAGUCGUACCCAUCCCAGAUUCACCCAUUAAACACCACCACGGGAGCAUGAAGCCCCGUCCACCCGGCUCAAGGUUGAUGCGUGUGUAUCAGGACGGCAACUUUAUCGGGGACCAUCUCAACUUCUAGUUCGAUCCGUAUCUGAACGAUUUCAGGGAUAGCGAUGGGGGUUGUGAACGGUUCUGGCCGAGAGGUGCCGAUUGGGCGUGGGAGCUUGGAGGAUUGUGCUCUUGCUGUGGUUUGUGAUCAGAAAGCAAGAUAUUCCACGGAAAGUGAGCCUUUUAUCACUUCCCGACAUUCUCUGGUAAUCCGCUCGCGCCACCAGAUCAGGAUGUCUCAAUUCCC